UCUAGCAUACGACCACCAACAACUAUGAGGAGGGGCGGAAUAAUAGAUCUUCAUCUUCUCAUUUGCUUAGCUGCUAGUGUAACCCAAGUGGUCCUUGCGCAGACAUCGGUGCAAACAGAAUAUGACUUUAGCGGUCUUGACAUACGUCUAGCUGGUGGUACCAGCAAUCUUGACGGACGUGUCGAGAGAAGAGUGAACGGAAUUUGGGGCACGGUCUGUCGUGAUGAAUUCGAUAUGAGCGAUGCGCGAGUUAUCUGUAAAAUGUUGUCGUCAGAUCUAUCUGCCAUCCAAAUUAUCACCGAUACAACAUACGGACCGGGAGCCGGCCCCAUACUUUACAACCAGGUGAAUUGCUCUGGAUCAGAAACUUCUAUCGACGAGUGCGCAAGUAUUUCUGGCGAACAGUGCGAACAUAAUCAGGAUGUAGCUAUCGUAUGCUCAGCUUGUCCAAGAGCUGCCGAAUUUUACUACGGCGACUUUAGCAGGGUUGCCCUGACUGCAGAAGGACAAGAGUACCACGGCAUAUUGUACCCUCUCAAUAUCACCGGAAUACGUUUGUCAGACGGCGGAGAUCCUCAGAUAGGAAGGGUAGAAUUACAGGUCCAAGGCCAAUGGGGCAAAAUCUGCGAAGACUUAUUUGACAUAAAUGAUGCAGCAGUACUCUGCAGAAUGAUGGGUUUAAAUCGUUAUACAGAGUCGACACACGCAGGCGGGACUGGUCCUAUUCAUAUUGAAAACUUAUAUUGUGAAGGCAACGAAAAUGAUCUGACUGCAUGCAUAUAUGAUGACCGCGAUGAAUGUUCGUAGAACAACGACCUUGGAGUGACAUGUUAUCUAACAAACAGACCACUUAACGUGACGGGUGUUCGCCUCGCCGAUGGAACCAGUAAAUAUGACGGCCGAGUAGAAAUCCAGGAAAACUACGAUUACUGGGGAACAGUGUGUGAUAGAUGGUUUGAUUUUAAAGACGGAAAUACACUUUGCCGAAUGAUGAACAUGUCACUAUUGCAAUAUUACGGCAGAUCAAAGCAUGGAUCAGGCACAGGUCCUAUGACGUUUGGUUACCUUACUUGCGAUAAAGACGAUUAUCACAUACAGGAUUGCUAUCAUAUGACACCAUACUAUUGCAGUUUAUCUGAAACAGUGUCCCUAUUGUGCUCCGAAUGCGAACCUCCGAAAGAAGACGGUGAAAUAACAUACUCGACAAACGGAACCAUAGCAACCGUCCAUUGCCACUAUGAGUAUCUGGCGGAUGAUCCUGUAAUUGAAUGUAUCGAUGGUCCUACGUUGAACAUAUCGUCUGUCCGUCUUGUUGAUGGUGACGGGGUUUAUGAAGGUCGUGUAGAAAUAGAGAUAGACGGAACUUAUGGCACUGUUUGUGAUAGCUUAUUUGACCUGGAUGACGCGGAAAUGAUAUGCAAAUUCUACAAUCAAAAUUUUGGCGCGGCUUAUUACUUUACGGGAGCGAGAUAUGGGGAAGGAUCAGGUCCGAUACAUAUUGACCGGCUCUUUUGCGGCGAAACGAACACGUCACUAGACCAGUGUCCAUAUCAUUCCGAAGGGUUUUGCGAUCAUUCAAGAGAUGUUUCGGCCGUGUGCAAUGAAUGUGGUCAACCAGACAUUGCCUUUUGGGGAAUCAGAUAUUUCACAUACAAUGAAUCAGCUUUGUACGCCGAUUGCUCCUAUUUUAAGACAUACGUUGGUGAAUUAAAAAUGACGUGCGACCAUGCAAACGGAGCAUGGGUAACAGAAGGGGAGUGUCAAGAAUACAGCAGACCCCUCAAUAUACAGGACGUUCGCCUUUCUGGAGGCCAGAGUGAAAUGGAAGGAAGAGUUGAGAUCAAGUCCAUGGAUAUUUGGGGCACUAUAUGCAGAGACGGAUUUGGCAAAAAAGAGGCUGACGUUAUUUGUAACAUGAUUGGCUACCCUCCAGCACAAGUCGUGUAUUUGAAUGGUGAAUAUGGCGCCGGGACUGGGCCGAUAUUUGUCGACGAUCUUUCAUGUGGUUUAUCUGACACACAUAUUAACAACUGUUCGUAUGUUACAUACGAUGACUGUUCACACCUUCAAGAUGUGGCCGUGAAAUGCACAGUAUGCGAUGACCCAACACCAGAUAAUGGCUCGAUCAACGGGACAAAGUUUGUAUACGGCAUAGUUUUAGAAGUAUCUUGCGACUACGGACACUACUUAGUAGGCGAUCAAUACAUAACUUGUCAGAAUGACGAAACAUGGAGUAGUCGACCAGAGUGUCAUUUAAUUGAAUGCGGCGACCCUACACCAGAAAACGGGAGGAGCAAUGUUUCACAGACCACAUUGAAUGAAGUUGUAGAAAUUACGUGUGACGAGGGGUAUUACAUCUCAGGGAGUUCAGUUAUUCAGUGCCAAGAGAAUCUGCAGUGGUCAGAUGACACAACAUGUGUAAUUGUGGAUUGUGGUCCGAUAGAGACUCAUCAUGCGCUGGUCGAUAUUGAGAAUGUUACAACGUUUGGCGAGAUAGCUCUUGUUAGCUGUGAUACUGGGUAUAUACCUGAGGGGACAACUCCAGUCGAAUGUCUUGCUAACGGAACUUGGAGUGAAAUUCCUUCCUGUGCUAUAAGAGAAUGUGGAGAUCCAACCCCAAGCAUGGGCCAGAGGAACACCACCGUAACCACGUACGGAACUGUUGUAUUAAUAUCAUGUGAGGAGGGCUUAGAAACUACCGGCAACUCUGUUAUAGAAUGUCAGGCGGACGGAACCUGGAGCGAUAAUCCUGUCUGUGACUCUUCAGUGUGUAUUAUUUCAGAUUGUGGGCCACUAUCUGUCGCUCACGGGCAAGUUACAACAUCUGGUGACACCACUUUUGGAAACACUGCAACAAUUGUUUGCAAUGAGGGUUACUCGCUUGGUGGUUCUGGUGAAAUCCUAUGCACAGUUUUCGGAUGGGAAAAUGUUACUUGUGUGCUUCAAGAAUGUCCAGUAAUUGAAACAUCAAUUAAUGGCUUCAUUGACGAACCAUAUUCAACAACUUUUGGCUCCACCGUGACGUUUAACUGCAAUGUUGGGUUUCUUCUGGUUUGCUCUAACGGGUACGUAAGUUUUGAUAAACCACACACCAACCCUGGACCUCCAAACACCAGUGGCCGUAAAAAUAGCCAUGGUAAUGUUUUCGACGAUGUUCCAAUUAUGGCUGCGUACUAUGCUGAAAUAAACACACAGAGAACACAAUCAAUUUCAUAUCGAACAGUUGAUAUUUUAAAUGACUUUCCAUUCAGUGAGGAACAGGAAAAUGAUAUCGACAUUGUCAGAUAUCUUGUCAGAGAAUUCGAAAAGUGGUCCUCAUUUGAACCGAAGUUUCUGCUUAUUGCCGACUGGAACAAGGUUUCACCGCUUCACAAUAACACAUUCCAUUCUUCAUCAGUGGCAUCUUUUCAGCUCGCUCUCGUUUCGGACGGACUUACGACAUUCAUCAUGAGAAUUUAUCCAAGAGAUUUAAUGCAGUGGACGUUGCAACACAAAAAUGUCAAGGGACUUUUAUUGAAUCGAGUGUCUAGUCUUGGAAAAUGGAAAUCCCAUGACGUUUUGGAUUGCGUAGAUUGGUACAAUCGACAUAUGACAGUUAAAGGCACGUAUCACGAAAUCAUGUCUAUCUACCUACCGGAAUGUCCAUGUGACCUUAACCUUGCAAGGUUUGACCCUUGGUACUGGAUAAUUGGUUCGAAAAUUCGACGAUUCUGGUGGCAAAGUGUGGAUGACUUUGAGGGAGAUGUUGUUUGUGUGGACAUGUGGCAUAGAAGUAUAUUUGAUCCAUAUGGAAAGUCUUGUUGCUAUUAUCGCGAGUCACGUCGAUUUGUUGAGGGGCGACCACUUGCUGGCGGUUUAUACCACUUCCACCCGUCAUUCUCCGCGAGGGAUCAUGCCAUAUAUGAUGUUGGAAUGAAACAAAAAUGUUGCAAAUCAAACUAUUGCGAAUUAUAUUAUCAGCUCCAUCCUAUUGGAACUUGUUACACGCGGUCACCCUAUAGUCAAGGUAAAUUCUGGGGGGACCCUCAUAUUAGCACAUUGGAUGGAAUGAAUUAUACUUUCAACGGGCUUGGAGAAUACACACUUCUUCUGACGGAAUCCAACAACACCUGGUUCACUUUGCAAGCACGAACCGAGCGAGCCAUUAAGCACGAUGGUAACUUGUCUGAUGCCACUAUAUUCAGUGCUUUCGCAGCAAAGGAUCAUACAAAUGCCUCCCUUCACGUAGAACUUAACUCAGCUAAAGAAGGAUUUAUUUUGUACGGAAACGGAGUGGACCUUACAACACAGUUCCAGACCGGUGUCGAUUAUGAUUCGUCCACGCUAUCUAUUUCAAACAACAAUGGUUCUGCAAGGGUGUUUUUCAAAAACACAGGUGUUAUGCUGGACGUAGGUGUUGGUGUCGAGAUGCUUUCUUUGAGUACAAUAGUGCCAUCCAGGUUUGCCAACAUUACAUGUGGGCUUCUGGGAAAUUUUGACGGCGAUUCUUCUAAUGACUUGAAGUUUCCGAAUGGAACUGCUCUUAACUCCUCCUCAUCGGAACGUGAAAUGUUCUUCUACGGUCAAACAUGGGCUGUAAAUGAAAGUACAACAGUGUUCUUCUAUGAGGAUGGAAAAGAUCACGAUAACUUUCACAACACUUCCUAUGUACCACUCUUUCUGGACGAGGUUGAUAAUGUCACAAUGGCUUUGGCCGUAGAGGCUUGUAAAGGAACAUCAAGCACAGAAUGUAUUUACGACUUUGCACUCACACUGAAUCCGGCGAUCGCCGCAGAUACAGUGAAUAGAAGACAGCAGUUUGACAAAGACCAGCAGGAAAUAGACCAGGUUAUACCAACUGUUGAGGGAUGCAAUGUUGUCAACGUUACUGCAGGGGAAAACGUAACAUGUACUGUAAAUGUUGACGACAGCAUCGAUAUAGAGAUCCUGGGAAACAAAACAUAUAAUGCUACUUUUGAUCGAUUGUCAUCAACCAUAAAGUAUACGCAUACUGGUGACAUAUCCUCACCAUUAAGGUACCAGGCCGUAAAUCAAGAAGGCCUCGCGUCUGUCGAGCAUGUUAUCUCCGUCGUCGUUUGUACAGGGUGUAACAACCAUGGCAAUUGUACGCCAGUUUUACGGGCUGAUCGGAAUGACGAUAACUUCAGAUACAACGAGUGUGAAUGUCGGCCAGGAUAUGACGGAAUUAACUGCGAAAGUAACUACGAUGGUUGUGCGGGUAACCCUUGUUCCCUUGGCAGUAACUGCACUGAUUUGUCACCAGAGGAGCAGCAAAGUCAAGGACGAGCGUACAUGUGUAGUGAGUGUCCAUUAGGGUACAUAGCUCAGGAAUACGACGAAAACAUUUGCAUUGACAUAGAUGAAUGCGCUAGUAACAGUUCUUGCGAACAAUCGUGCAUAAAUACAGAAGGAAGUUUCAUAUGUCUAUGUGAACGAGGAUUACAACAAGACCGCACCAACUUAUCUUCGUGCAGAGAUAUCAAUGAAUGCGAAGAUGAAACUCAUAACUGUAGUCAGGUGUGCGUCAACAUCUACGGCGGUUAUCGAUGUGAAUGUAGGACGGGCUUUGUUCUGAACGAAACCACCGGGCAGUGUUUACAAGGCGAUGUAAAUCAAUGUGACUCUGCAACCAUAAAUUGUAACAACACUGCUGGAUGCACAGUGGACGAAGACAAUACAACAACAUGUUUUUGCGAGAGAGGGUUGGAGCUGGAUAGCUCGGGAGCAAGUUGCAAAGAUAUCGACGAAUGUCUGCGACACAUAUGUCCCCAAGAAUGCGUCAAUUUCAGAGGUGGAUUUGAAUGUACGUGUUUAGAUGGAUACCUACUGGAAGGAAUAUCAACAUGUUCUGAAUGCGAAGUACCAUAUUUUGGACAUAAAUGUAACAAUACGUGUGACUGUUCCGGAAGAGGUACAAUAGAAUGCAAUCCUGUAAGAGGUUGUGUGUGUGAGGCGGGAUGGACCGGAGGCACAUGUGAUGAUGACAUCAAUGAAUGUGACGUAGAUCCUGACAUAUGCGCAGAUGUUCGAAAGUAUUGCACUAAUAAUGUUGGAUCUUACACAUGUGAUUGCAUAAAUGGGUAUGAGAAGAACGACGAAGAUGCAUGCACAGAUGUUGAUGAAUGUGCCGACGCGUCGUUGCACGACUGCCACCAACAGUGUUCAAACAACAUUGGCAGUUAUAGCUGCAGCUGUAGCGUUGGUUAUGCCAAAAUAAAUGGAACGUCGUGUCAAGAUUUUGAUGAAUGUGCUCGUGGAACUGCGACCUGUGAACAAAUGUGUGAGAACGUGCCUGGCUCCUACAACUGCUAUUGUCACUUUGGCUACAAAUUGAGUGAUGAUCGUCGGACAUGUACCAAAAUUGCCGAUCCGUGCAGGACAUUGUAUAAUCUGACAUGUACCGGGUACUGUGUGGUCAAAGAUAACACAGCAGAAUGUAGGUGUCGACAAGGGUUCGUUUUAACAGAAGAUACACAGACAUGCCUUGAUGUAAAUGAAUGUCAAACCAGUGAGUUGAAUGGCUGCGAUUCUGCCGCCACAUGUAUGAACACUGACGGAUCAUAUCAGUGUGAAUGUCCAAUAGGUGCACGUUUGGAAAAUGAUGGUCGCACAUGCACAGAAUGCGAUGAAUUCCAUUUUGGUCGAAAUUGUUCACAAGAGUGCAGCUGCAUUAAGGGCACAUGUAACAAUACAAGAGGUUGUAUUUGUGAGAGCGGAUGGACGGGACCUAACUGCGAUGUAGAUAUUGACGAAUGUGCUUUAAACGCAUUCAACUGCACACGUCCUUACACACAGUGCGUGAAUGCUCCCGGGUCAGCCGCUUGUCAAUGUAAAACAGGUUACACUGCUGACGAAACAUCAGGCGAAUGUUUGGAUAUCGAUGAAUGCGUUAAGAUAUCGACGCACGACUGUGAACAAUUUUGCAAUAACACUGACGGAAGUUACGAAUGCAGCUGUCGACAUGGAUUUUUGCAAAAUGGCGGAAGUUGUACAGAUAUUAAUGAGUGCAAUGGAGCGCACAAUUGUGAACACCAGUGUGAAAACAUUGUUGGCAGUUUUAAAUGCUUCUGUGAUACCGGGUACAGAUUGAACCUCGCGGACAGACAAUCCUGCAUACCGGAAAACGAGUGUACGGAUGACCAACGUAUCACCUGUCCACAAAAUGCCACGUGUGCCGUAACGGACGGGAGUGUCGCUUGUACCUGUCCAAAGGGUCAUCGCUUGAUUAACGGGAACUGCGACGAUAUAAACGAGUGCCAACAGGAAACAGAUGCCUGUACGCAGCAGUGCUCAAACAAAGAUGGUGGAUACGUUUGUUCAUGUGAUACCGGAUUCCAGCUGUUAUCUGACGGGUCUACUUGUAGAGUGUGUUCAGACUGGCGAUACGGUCAAAACUGCGCUUUAUUAUGCUUAUGUAACGAAGACAAUACCCGAAUAUGCAACGGAACAAACGGAGAAUGUUCUUGCAAAGCUGGUUGGAGCGGCUCUACCUGUUCCGAAAACUUGAAUGAAUGCUCUCCUGAUGGCUCCAACAAUUGCCCGGAUAAUUCAAGUUGUGUUGACACUCCAGGGAGUUUUAAAUGUGUGUGUAACACGGGAUAUCUCAUGAAUGGAUAUGGGAAGUGCCAAGAAUGUCAGCAGGGUCAUUAUGGAAAUGAUUGUGUCGACACUUGUACGUGCAAUGCGUUCAGGACCGAAUCUUGCAAUCACGUGACCGGAAACUGUUCGUGCGAUGACGGUUGGACGGGUGAAAUAUGUGACGAAGAUGUUGAUGAAUGUAGGGAUCAAAGAUUGAACACCUGCACGAUUAACUCUGAGUGUAGUAAUACGUUUGGCAGUUAUCUUUGUAACUGCAACAGAGGCUACAAAACACAACCAAACACCAAUGACUGUAGCGGUAAGGGUUGGAAAGGAGAGAUAUGCUCCGAAGAUGUGGACGAAUGUUCGGAAACGCCUGAAGUUUGCUCUGUGAAGGAUAACAGUCAUUGCGAAAACGUGGACGGGUCGUACGUAUGUUCUUGCGACGCUGGUUACAAUGCAAACGAUGACAUGUGUGAAGACGUCAAGGAGUGUUUAACUGAGGCGUUGAACGACUGUGAUGAGCGAGCAGAGUGUGUAGAAACUGACGGGAAUUACACUAGCCUUUGUCCAGUCGGAAUGCAUCUGCAAGAUGAUGGACGAUCUUGUAAAGAUGGCGAUGAAAACUUUUACGGAUUGAACUGUUCCAAAAUGUGCAAAUGUGUUCAGGGAUCUUGCAACAAAACAUCAGGGUGCCACUGUGAUUCCGGAUGGACAGGGAUCCAAUGCGACAUCGAUAAAGAUGAAUGUAAAACAGGUGAUUUAGUCUGUGAAGAUCCAAACACCGUAUGCAAUAACACGAUAGGUAGUGCGAACUGUGUUUGUCAAGAUGGGUACGAGAGGAACAAGACGACAGAACAUUGCAACGACAUUGAUGAGUGUAAAGAAGGGGAUUUGAACAACUGCACACAGACAUGCAUAAAUACUGCUGGUGGAUACAGUUGUGGUUGUUAUGGGGGCUAUAGCUAUAGCAGAGCAAAUAACACAUGCAACGACGAUGACGAGUGUCAUGCCGAUACCUUGAACGAUUGCGACCAAACCUGUGACAAUACCGAAGGAGGGUACAUGUGUGAAUGUGAACAUGGGUUCUUUCUAGAUGUUUCAGACAACGAAACAUGCCUACCUGUGACUAAUUGCACAGAGAAAGAAGUUGCAGCAUGCCCCGACCAUUCGGUUUGCUUUAGAAAUAGAACUGAGCUGGACUGCCGAUGCAAUAAAGGAUAUUUUAAAGAAAAUGAACAAUGCAAAGAUGAAGAUGAAUGCAGCAAUUUCUCUCCAUGUGCCCAGCAAUGCAACAACACCGCCGGAAGCUUCUUCUGCAGCUGUAACAUUGGUUUCAAACUGAUACAAGACACUGAUUGCGAAGAAUGUGAACCAUACACAUUCGGUCAACAAUGCGAAUCGUCAUGUAACUGUGAUCAGGCACAUGCACACUCAUGUGACGCCGUAAAUGGCACGUGCGCAUGCGCAGCCGGUUGGACAGGAGAUAAUUGCACAGAAAACGUGAACGAGUGUGAGGAUCAGUCUUCUAUUGCUUGUCAUGAACACUCGCAUUGUGACGACACUGCCGGUAGUUUCUCAUGUCUAUGCAACACAGGGUACAUAGUGAACCAAGACGGUUUAUGUGACGUGUGUGAACCAUUUCGGUAUGGCGACUCCUGUGAAAGCCAGUGCUCUUGUUCUCCUACCGGUGCUGAAUCGUGUGAUCAUGUCCUUGGAAACUGUUCGUGCAAAAUUAACUGGCAAGGUGACCAGUGCAAUGACGAUGUUGACGAAUGUAGCUUCAAGGAAAAUGUGUGUGCAGAGAAAUCCAACUCCUCGUGCAUAAAUUAUGUAGGAUCGUUUACUUGCUCGUGUGACGCAGGAUAUACAGAUAACAAUGGUGCUUGUGGAGAUGUGAAUGAAUGUGAUGCAAACGGAUGCGAUCAAGAUGCCACAUGCCAUAAUUCGGAUGGUUCCUUUUUAUGCAUUUGUCCAGUAGGCAAGCGGUUGAACAAUGAUAAUUCUUGUCAAGAGUGUGGUAACAACACUUUUGGAACUGAGUGUAACGAGAAUUGCAACUGCACAUUUGGAAACACUCAAAGUGACGAACAGUCGUGUGACAGAGAGACGGGAACGUGCAUUUGUAACUCACAUUGGACAGGGGACAGAUGUGAAAUUGAUGUUAAUGAAUGCACUAGUUCUGGUAUAUGCACGAACGCCAACGCUGGCUGUUUCAAUCUCCCUGGAGGAUUCCGCUGUGAUUGUCUUAGAGGAUACAGGAAAAAUAACGGAACUGGAGAAUGUGAAAUUGUUGGCGAAAGAACAACAGUACAAACUGCAGCUGAUGAGGUUCGAGUUGAUCUCACGAUAAUUCUGGAGGUUGAAUUGGACCCAGGAACAGAUCUCGGCGUACAGACAGUCUUUGAUGACAUAGCAGCAAAAGUCAAAUAUUCGAUCAGGAAGCUUUUGUCAAAAUUCAUAUCAGUAGAAAUAACUAUUGUAAUCAAUGACUUAAGCCUUGGAAGCAUAACUGUGAACUACUCGAUCAUAUACCCGAAGAUUCCUCAAGUGGCGUUGGGUGUCUCACAGGCCCUAGUAGACAUUGCUGCCGGCACAGAGAUAGAAUACGAUGGGUUGAACGUGUCCGCGUCCACACCAGAGUCAUACAAGAAUGACGACUUGUGCGGACUAUAUGAACAAGCACUUGGUGGUUGUGAAUCCGGAUUUGAAUGCGUCAUGGAAGGGAGUGAACCCAUGUGUCAACUGUUGCCAACCUCGGACAACUAUGCAGUUGUAGUAGGAGUAACAGUUGGUCUCAGUGUCUUCUGUAUAGCCGUUAUGGUCAUCAUCACCACUAUUGUUGUUUACACCAGGAACCGAAAGGCACGCUUUGGCAAUCUUCAUAGGCGGCGUGGUUCGGCAGCAUCAGCCGACAAACAGAUGAAUGUUUGGCCCCCUUGGAAAGAAAACGUUGCAGCGACUGACCCUCGUUACACCUCAUGGAGAACAAAGGCCCUUAAUUACGGACGAGAAAACACAUUUGUAUAUCCGUAUCACCUGCCACGAGUUGUAUCAGCCAGGACCAGGGAGCAACAACAGGCAACGUACUUGGCACAGUACUGAGACUUCACUGAAAAACACUAACAUUUCUAAGAAUGGAUUUUUUUUUUAAUUUUGAGGAAUUCAUAUACACAUUCUGAAAACACCAUUCAUAGAGCCUCACCAGGGGAACUGUUUACUAAGCUUAUUUUCUGAAAAUGUAUAAGUUUAAUGCGUGUGUGUGUGUGUGUGUGUGCGUGUGUGCGUGCGUGUGCGUGUGCGUGUUUAUAUCUUUAUAUAUAACCAGAAUUUAUAUUUGUUGCGAAAAGGUUAUUUGUUUGCUUUCAUAUGUACUUGUUUUUGUCUAUUUGUGAUAGCAUACUAUAUGGAACUAUCUUUUCGUAUAAAUACCACUGUAUACGAUCAUUGCUUACACCAUGGUUAUAUCCAUCCUAUAUACAUACUUGACUCUAACAUAAUAGGUAAGAACAUAUUUUCAAUUUACUGCACUUUGACAUAAACUUUAAUGUUUGAUCAUGGAUUUACGUUAUAGGCAAACUGGGCCGGGUGUUAAAUUUACUUUAUGUUUGUAUUGAAAAUAUACACAAGUCACUAUAAAAUAACUUACUUGGUAUAUGCCUGAAACAAUUGAUAUUAAUAAACUGUAGCACAAUGUGAGUUUGUUUAAGACAAUGCUUUUUUCAACGUAAAGUAUCAAUAUACGAUAUUUUAUUGUUAUACAUACUUUAAUAUGUUAAUACUUUGUUCAGUAAUUUUGGAUAUUCCAAUCGCACAAGGAGUUUGUUAUUCAAGUUUUGUUCCACUUAUUACACAAAUAAUAGGAGACGUUUUUGUUCAACAUUUGGAAAGCGUUAUUCAAAAACAAAACAAUAUUUUUUGAAUUUCAACCGAACUUUUAUGUAUUUUUGUACAUAUAUUUAGAUUUAUUAACGCAGAUUAUCAUCACAUUAGCUUAAUAUAGAAAUGGUUGUGGAAAUAAGGCAGAUGUUGAACGCAGAAUGUGCCUAUAUAAUAAUGCAUAAGAAACGAGUUUCAUUUAUUGAUUGGAUGCAACUUCUGUUAGAAAUAGGAUUUUAGAAAUUAAUAUAUACAUCGCUAUUAUUGUACUCGAACACACAUAUAUAAAAGUAUUGCAUUGUUGAAUUGUGUUACAGAACCUUUUUUUUAUUUUCGUAUACAAAAUAUUUACUCAGAGAAUCAGUUAAUCACUUUGUUAUUCAAGAAGUGUUAGUACUAUGUUGUGUUGUUAAGCUUUAUAUCGUAUUUUCCUGAUUUUUAGAUAACAUUUCUUAAUAACUUUUCUAAAUUAGAUUCUAUUUUUAACUAAUCACUC